UAGUGCCGGACGGCCGUCAGGAACAUAUGCGAGGUAUGUUCUGCAGCAGAAGAGGCAUCUCGUUCGCCUGACCAGCGCGAGCCAUCUUCGAUCGCACCCGCAAUCGGACGGGUCCCAUCGGUAACGACGAGCACGAUGUCGCGCCGUUCCCAAGAGAACCCGCAUGGGCAGGACAAAUGUGAAAUCCUACGGUCAGGGCGACCGGCGUACGUAGCUAGGGAAUGCAGAACAUCGAGAGCACAGGCUCUAUAGAUCUAUCCAUCAGCGUGUCUGACAUCGUGGGCAAAGAUGGACUAUCAUCACAGAUAGAGAUAGAGAGCGAGCAUAGGGCCACGGGCCGACACGCACCUGCAAGAGCUCCGCAUCCUCUUCCACGCCAAAGCGUCGGGGCCCUGAUGCUGCGAGCUGAGUCAGCAGAGAAGGAUCGCACGGGCGGCGAGCGCUGAUUUGCGCUGUCGAUGUGGUCGUUGUUGCAUGGGUGCUGGGCACGUUGUGCGAUCGGGGAAGCCCGCGGCCAAGUCCAGGUCGCACCCACAGGCUUGAAUUACAGGGAUGUCCGUGUGGCGUUGGACGGUCGCGCGCAGACCCCGACCGGCACUACGCUCUGCGACAGCACUAAGGAAUAGAGGAGAUCUGGCGCGAUGCCGCACAGUAGUGGGACGACGCG